AUGCCAGCCUUUGACAGCCCAGAAUCGUCCCCUCCGCUGGACCCGGUGGAGGUCAGCGAGGACCUCGCACCGCUCCCUAGUCUCAAGACCAAAGGGAACACCACGGUCGACUUCGACGGCCAGCUUACCACCCCAUUAAAGCUCCACGAGGAUGUCCGGACGGGCUGCGGCGGCCAGACGUGGCCGGCGGGAAUGCUCCUGGGCAAGCACCUGUUGCGGUAUCACCGGGCAAAGCUUCAAGAUGCACGGAUAUUGGAACUGGGCUCAGGGAUCGGUCUGGUUGGGCUUGGCGUGCUGCUCGGCUGUGGGGUGCACGCCAAGAUGCUCAUCACAGACCAGCUCGAGAUGCUGGAGCUGAUGAAGCUUAAUAUCGAGCGAAAUGAGGUCCAAAGCCAGGCCUCGGCGCUCAUUCUCAACUGGGGAGAGCCGCUGCCCCAGGAAGUGGUGGAGCAGAAACCAGACGUAAUCAUCGCCGCCGAGUGCGUUUACUUUGAGCCCGCGUUCCCUCUGCUCAUGCAGACCCUCAAGGACCUGUUUGCGCUCAACGUCAACGCCACGGUGUAUUUCUGCUUCAAGAAGAGGAGACGGGCGGACAUGAACUUUGUCAAGAUGGCCAAGAAGGCCUUCCGCGUCGAGGAGCUCUUCGACGAGGACCGUCCCGUCUUUCAGCGGCAAGGGUUAUUUCUGUUCUCCUUCAAGAGCAAACACAGUAGAGCUGCUAUAGGUACUUCCAGUGUGAAAGAGGGACUGAGCUAG